GGCGGACGCGGCGCGCGCGGCGCGCGCGGCGGACGCGGCGGACGCGGACGCGGCGACGCGCGCGCGCCGUCGUCGAACGGGGGCAUCUGGAGGAGCAAAGUCACGUGCUUCGGGUGUCGAGGCGUCGGACACACGCUGCGGGACUGCCGCGUGGCCAAGGGCGGGAGCGCGACGAUGCGGCGAGGGGAGAAAUCGUGCUAUAACUGCGGCGCGAGCGAUCACGCGGCGCGAGACUGCGCGGCGGCGUGGACGAAUUACGCGCACGCGAAGUGCUUCGUGUGCGGCGAGACGGGACACCUGAGCAAGAGCUGCCCGAGGAACGAGCGCGGGGUGUACGUGAACGGAGGUGAGUGUAAGAUAUGCAAGGCGAAGGAUCACUUGGUGAAGGAUUGCCCGCACAAGGGAGACACGUGCAUUCGGUGCGGGGAGCGGGGACACUUCGCGGCGGGAUGCUCGAAA